CCAAGUAGUGGAAGAACUUGACAUUUUCCUAAACCAAUAAAUUCCAAUCUUCAUUCUCAAUUUAUCAACUCUCCAGAACAGUAAUUUUUAAGUCUGGUUCAAAAUGUUGCCAAAAAUGGCCAAUUAUUUGGUCAUUUUAAUAAUCGUAUUGAUCUCACUCUUUUCACUGGUUUCUUCUUCUCCUAAAUACAACCACCCUUAUUCCAAAUCACCGUACAACCGCCGCACCAAAAAUCACCACACCCACUCGAACUUUCCCACUCCAAAAGCGACCAGAAUCUCCACCAACUACACACCGACGUGGCCAUCUCUGGACGCUCGCCCCCUUCCGAAGUGGUACGACAGUGCAAAAAUAGGGAUUUUUCUGCAUUGGGGAGUAUUUUCUGUCCCCUCAUUUGGUUCGGAGUGGUUUUGGUUCUAUUUAAAUAAUCAGGAUAAGUCGUACACAUCGUUUAUGUCGGCCAACUACCCGCCCCGAUAUACUUAUCAAGACUUUGGCAGAGAUUUUACGGCCGAGUUUUGGGACCCUGAUAAGUGGGCAGACCUUUUUCAAAAGGCUGGGGCGAAGUAUGUUGUGUUAACGAGUAAACAUCAUGAAGGGUUUACUCUCUGGCCGUCCAAAUAUUCCUUCAGCUGGAAUGCCAUGGACGUUGGACCGCGUCGUGACCUUGUUGGCGACUUGGCAAACGCUGUUCGAAACAAGACUGAUAUCAAAUUUGGUCUUUACCACUCCUGGUUGGAGUUCUUCAAUCCAAUGUACCUCAAAGAUAAGGCGAACGGUUUUAAGACCAAUACCUUCGUAAAAAACAAGGCGUUCCCAGAAUUUAAAGAAUUGGUCGAAGCGUACAAACCGGAAUUGAUCUGGUCAGAUGGAGACUGGGAAUCUCCCCCAGAAUAUUGGAAAGCUCAGGAAUUCUUGGCGUGGCUGUAUAACACGAGUCCAGUUAAAGAUACUGUUGUCGUCAAUGACCGAUGGGGAAAAGGCACUUCCUGCACCCAUGGAGGCUUCUUUUCCUGCCAAGACCACUACAAUCCUGGUCAUCUCGUUCCGUACAAGUGGGAAAAUGCUAUGACGAUUGACUCUGGUUCUUGGGGCUACCGACGCAACGCCCCCCUCUCAGAUUACCGUUCCUCGCAAGAACUGAUUACCGAACUUGUCAGCACCGUCUCUUGUGGAGGAAACUUUCUCAUAAAUGUCGGUCCCACGCGAGAAGGGACAAUUUCCCCAAUUUUUGAAGAACGCCUUCUCUCCAUCGGAACCUGGCUUGGAAUCAACGGGGUCGCCAUUUAUGAUUCCGUUCCGUGGGAAAGGGCGCAAAACGACUCGAUCGCAAAGGGCGUGUGGUACACGACGAAACCGGAAGUGGGCAAGCUUUUUGCCAUUUUAUUAGAAGAUCACUGGCCAUCCGGGACUGACCAGAUUGUGUUAGGAUCUGUGCAUCCGAGUUUGUUGAAUAUUUCCAGCGUGGAAAUCCUCGGGUUGGAGCCAGGCAAGAAGUUGAAAUGGGUGCCAGAUGGAGAUAUGAUUAUCGUGACGUUGCCCGUUGUUCCGCCAGGGACCGUGAAUAAGUGGGGGUGGACGAUGGUUAUUAAUCACGUUUAAAUUUUUAAAAUAUGAAAAAAAUCGGGAAAUGCACUAUUUUACAACUGGAAUCUGAUGCACAAAUAAAUUUAAAAUAAUGUUGAAUGAUGA